UUUAAAUAAUUCUUUAUUACAUAGGGUGGUUUUUAUCUACUUACAUUGGUAGACUGGUAUGCAGCAACAUUUUCCAUGACAAUAUUUGCUCUGAUUGAGUUAUUGGUGAUGACGUUCAUCUACGGUGUCAAAAGAGUUGAUGAUAAUAUGCGGGAGAUGACAGGAAAGGGGGUACCUAUCCUCUUCAAAAUUGCUUGGUGUGUCACAACUCCUAUUCUUCUUGUGGUUACACUUGGUUUCACCGUAUAUACGUACAAACCACCAUCCUAUGGCAGGUACGAGUACGAGCCCUGGCAUAUCAGUUUAGGCUGGUGUAUAUCGUCCUCCUCCCUCGUGCCUAUACCAUUAUACCUCUUCUACCGGCUAAACAAAACACCCGGAACAAUACUAGAGAGAUUUAAGGUCAAUCUACGACCGAAUGAAAAAUGGGGUCCACAGGAGUCACUAGAACAAGAAGCUAUACAAAAUGGAAAACUUCUGGAAGAUGAUAUUCAGACGAGGUCGUAAUCGAAACAGAUUUUCCCAAGUAUGUUACUGUUCCCAAGUAUGUUACUGAUGUGAGAUUCCCAGACUGCAUGCAAGAUUGCUCUGACACCAGUGAAACCAACAACCGUUGGUCUUGAUAUCUUCAAUGUUUUAAGUGUUUA